AUGGAGACAACCGACAAUACCACACGCCCUGCACAGGCACAGGCACAGACUCAGCCCCAAAUACCUCCGACACCAACGGCGAGCCCUCGCCACCACCAAACCACCAACAACACCCCUACUCCCUCCAAGCCAUCCCAUACCAAAACCAACAGCAACACGUCCCUCCUCUCACCAGAGCUGGUCUCUGCAUUCCGCGUCUGUAUCCGGUCAUACGGAGUAGGUUAUGUCUUCGCAACCGCCCCAAAGCUCAUCAAGACCCUCCUAGGCUUUAUCAUGAACCCUCGGAAAGUGACUACCAAGGGACAGAACCCCGUCGUCACCCUCGUCAAGACUCUCUUGACUGUCAUCAAGGACGGAACCUCGUCCAAGCGUGAUGGCAUGGGCAUGUUGUUGAUGAUCACUUUGGGAGGAUAUAAACUGCUGGAGAUCAUUUUGACACAGGGAAUCAAGAAGGCCGCCCUUGCACAGCAUGUUCAACACCAGCAGCACCUCAGACAGCAACAGCAACAGAUGGCUGACAAGGAGGGGUCUACUUCUUCGUCUUCACCUUCAUUGAUCGAUGAUAUCCAAAGUACUUCCUCAUUGAAGAACUUGACCAUGAAGGAUGUAGACAAGGUCAACUUGGCAGAGGAUAUGCAGCAACGGAUCACCAUGUUGGCUUCGUUCCUCUCGUCCGCUGCCGCCAUUGUCUUUAUGCACCGGAAACGACCCAACCACGCCACGAUCGAUUAUUCGCUCUUCGCAGUCGUCCGAGCCCUGGAUGUCUUUGGCCAUCUCGCCGUCAAGAACAAGUGGGGACCUCGCUGGCUGGGGUCCUAUGGUGCCGUUGCGGUCUUUGUGUUGGCCUGUACUGAGAUCAUGUUCUCGUGGUUGUAUGAACCACAGCGCUUGCCUGGACCUUACGCAUUCUGGAUCACAAAGAUGGCAAGGAUGGACAAGCGAUUGCUGGAGACCUUGAGAGGCGUCCGGACAGGAGAGAUUCAGUUCAAGCGAGUCAACCCGCCUCAUGUUCAGAACCUCCUCACCGGCCUCUGUGAAGACAUUGGAUUGAAUCCUCAUAUGGGUGACUUUGCCCUGCGUAGUCGUCUCCCUUGUGAGGUGGUGCACCAAGGCCUUACAAAGUCGUGUGAGAUGGAUUCAGGGCUUCAUGGUCUCCACUGGCGUGAGUUGGACUCUUGGUCUAUGACAAAGUAUGGCAUUCGCGAUGCACCAGUCGCCUCAGUUAUCUACUUGCCUGUACAUCUUUUACCGGCAUUGUUGAGUCCCAAAGCAUUCUUUAACAAGCUCCAGGAAAACCCAGUCGCAACCGUCUCCUCGACACUCAUGGCCACCGCCCGUUCCAGCGCCUUUCUCGCCACCUAUAUUGCCCUCAUCUGGUACGGAAUUUGCACCUGGCGGUCCAAGGUCAUGCCGAUCACCAUGAAACUGACAGGAAAGCGCUACACCAGCAACGUGGUCGACCAUAUCUACGGCCCCCUCCUCGGAUCCUUCAUGUGCGGAUUCUCGGUUCUGGUCGAGAAGCCUCAUCGACGUGCAGAGAUGGCACUUUAUGUUCUGCCCCGUGCUAUUUACUCGAUGUGGAGCCGGAUUAUGGAGGGACGGUUGAGUCGGAAGAUGGAGAUGACAGGCGAGGCGCUGAUGUAUGCGGUGUCGAUGUCGAUGCUGUUGACGGGUAUGCGGUGGAAGCGGGAGAUGGUUAGACCUAGUAUGCAGGGGUUGCUGGGUUGGAUUGUUGAGAUCAAGAAGACUCGUCUUAGUCGUGGAAAUGGUCAUCAGGCGGUGGAAGAUACUGGAAAGGGCAAAACGAAAGCAGAUGAGCAUAGCAAUGGUUCUGCUCUUCCUCAGUCUGCGAUUGAAGACAAGGACGCGUUGGCUGCCAUUGAGAAGGAGAGAGGUGGUAUUUAG